UCAACCUUCAACAAAAGGAGCAAGUGAGUGCCGCGACGACGAGCGCAGGUGUGCCAGUGCUGACGCCGUCCUCUCCGUCUACAAUCGUGCCGUCCCGUCUCCCGCGCCGUCAUUCGCGUUAUCCCCGUCCGCGUAUAUCCCGUCGUUCACCCUCAUCCCACUCGUCCGACCUCUCCCACUCUCACUGUCGCACUCGCAGAAAUGGUCAAGCACAACAACCAGCUCCCGAAGAACCACUUCCACAAGGACUGGCAGAGGCGGGUCAAGACCUGGUUCGACCAGCCCGGCAAGAAGAAGUCGCGCCGCGUCGCCCGCUCGAAGAAGGCCCUCGCGUCGGGUGCUGCCCCCCUCCAGCGCCUGCGCCCCGCCGUCCGCUGCCCCACCCAGCGCUACAACAUCCGCAUCCGUGAGGGCCGCGGCUUCACUCUGUCGGAGCUCAAGCUCGCCGGCAUCCGCAAGAAGGAGGCCCUCGGCCUCGGCAUUGCCGUCGACCACCGCCGCCGCUCCAAGAGCGAGGAGGGCCAGACCCUCAACGUCGAGCGCCUCAAGGCCUACCGCAGCCGCCUCGUCGUCUUCCCCCGCGUCCAGGGCAAGCCCAAGGCCGGCGACGCCACCGGCGACGACCUCACCGCGCACAUCACCCGCGCCCUCCCCGCCCUUCCCUCGACUUACGAGGCUGAGAAGCCCCGCGCCAUCACCGCCGAGGAGAAGGAGUUCGGUGCCUACGCCGCCCUGCGCAAGGCCCGCUCCGACGCCCGCCACUCUGGCAUGCGCGCCAAGCGCGCCGCCGAGAAGAAGGCCAAGGAGGAGGAGGCCAAGAAGUAAUCGGUUUGAUCGGUUGCGCUUGGUUUCGUUGGGGACGUGUAUUCAUAUGCCGGGAUGCACUCAUGACCGGAUAGCGG